CGCACCCUAGCGGAGCAGCGUUCGGCCCCGCCGAGCACCGAUGCUUUGUAGAGAGCAGCUCCACGGAGCCGGUCGCUGCUAAGGAGACGGCAAGUUAGAUCCACAAAGGAGGAAGGAAGGACAGAGACGGGGAGGACAUUUGCAUCAGGUCUUUGAACAGGCACUAACCUAAUUAAACAAACAAAGCGUGACAGAACAACCAAAACCCACAAACUUGGUAUUUGGGAGCAGUGGUUAUGCCUGUAUGCUUAAAAGGUGACAAGUAGCAGACCCACACACCUGGGUGCCCUUUCUCCUGCCACCUGCCCACCUGUUCCCAAAACGGAGGAGCCCACAGAUCCCACCAUGUCGUCGGACCCCAGCGCUCCGCCGGCAGUGCCACCUCUGCACUCCCCCAAGUCUCCAGUGUGGCCAACCUUCCCCUUCCAGCGGGAGGGCAGCCGCAUCUGGGAGCGGGGCAACCUCUUGCUGCGGGACCUGCCUAGCCCCCUCCCCACCAAGAGGACCAGGACCUACUCUGCCACCGCCCGCGCCUCCGCCGGGCCCAUCUUCAAGGGCGUCUGCAAGCAGUUCUCACGCUCCCAGGGCCAUGGCUUCAUCACCCCCGAGAACGGCACAGAGGACAUCUUCGUGCACGUCUCUGACAUCGAGGGGGAGUACGUUCCAGUGGAAGGGGACGAGGUGACAUACAAGGUCUGCCCCAUCCCUCCCAAGAACCAGAAGUUCCAGGCAGUGGAGGUGGUUCUCACCAACCUGGCACCCCACACGAAGCAUGAGACAUGGUCCGGCCAGAUCAUUGGCUCCUAGGUGCCCAGAGGGGCCAGUGGCCACUCAGCCCCACAGAGCAAGCCUGCCCGGCCAGUCGCGGGGGGCGCAGGGGGAGCUGAGGUGGCAGCGGGGCUGAGGCUGCCCCCAAACCCGCAGGUUUGCAUUAGGUGUCUUUUAUAAGGUUACAGUUCCCUUUCUCUGUGUGUGUUUGUAAGUGUCUGUCAGGGGGGCAGGGGAAGCAGAGCCCUCCCUUGCCACCCCCCUAAGCUCCAAGGGCAGUGCCAAGCCUCAUGUUCCCUUCCUUGUCCUGGGGGCAAUGGGGAGCGGUGGAACCAGUCCCACCCACCGGCUUCCCGGCUGCCCCAAGCUGAAGCAGAUGCUGAGAGGAGGACAGGGCCUGGGGGGGAAGAGGGGAGCUGAAGAGGCUCCAUUCAUUCUCCUGAAUCCUGCUCCAGCAAGACAGGCAGCUCCUUUGGUCCUGCUGCCCACAGCAGGGCAUGCUGUGGAGCUGAGGGCAAACGGGGUGGUGUGGUGAAUCACUGUGCAGGGACUGGGCGCUAGAGACCCAUCCCCAUCGCUGGCAGCUCACAGCAGCCACCUGAGCCACUUCCCUCUGUCAAAAGAUCUCAGGUCAGCAGUGCCACGGGGAGGCAGGUGGCUUACAGAAAGAAAAAAGCUCUUAGUUUGAAGAAGCCAACAGCUGCUGGCAGGGUGCCAGUGCAGUUGGCAUUGUGCCCCAGGGGGCUGCACCCGGGCAUGGGGCCGGGGUGCACUUGGCACCUCCAUGCUCCCCACCACUGCUGGGCUCGUAAUGCAGUUUUCUUGGCUCAGUGCUGAUGAGGUUUUGGGGAGCUGAUCACCUUCUCCUCCUCCACUCUUUGUCACCCCAGCCCCAUGGGGACCACCCCACUCCUUCCUCUGUGUGUGUGUGUGCAUGUGUGUGCACAUCUGUAGGUUGCUGAGGGGGCUGACAGUUCAAGGAGCUUCAGCUGUGGGGUGAGUGCAGCCACCUCCUCCCCAGCCCCCCGGUGUAUGCAGGGUCUCCUAUACAAAGCACAAACAUAGAUUUUGGUCUUUGCCAUACCCUGGCCAGGUAGGCUCCUGUGGCCCCGGGGAGGAACAGGGCAGAGGGCAGCAGCACAGGGAUGGUGUGCACCAGGCUGGGCCUGAACUGACUCCAGAGAAACGAUGCCUGCACCAAUGCUCCAGAGAGAUCAGCAGCAUCUUUAAGGGGGUUAUUUCAAAGCAAGGAUAAGCAGCCCCUAAAUUUGAGUGGGUGAUGAUGGCCAGGCCACAGGCACCCACUCAGCAGGAACGUCAGUCGCUGGUGCUGAUGGAGAGGGGCAUUUUCCACCUCUUGCUGCUGCUGUUGUGGUGGGGACAGGGGUCUGCUGUAAGUGGGAAGAGGAAGAGAGCAAGGCUGGUGCCACACAGGACAGCUGGGAACUCUGUGGACUCGGGAGAACCACCAUGUGCUGCCUCAUCCUAGGCUGCUGUGGGGACUGCCCUGGGAUCCCACAGCCCAUCUCACUGCCAACUCAACGCCUGGCUCACCAAGGGGCUGUGGUGAUGCCAGCUGAGGCCACAGGCACCCCUGGGACAUGCAGCCAGCUUGGCCAAGGCAAACUUUGUUUGAUUUUAAUUUGUCUUGGGUUGUUUUUUCAGUUGUCUUUAUUUUUUUUUUUUAAAUAAACUAAACCCCUAGACUUGUUGGUGUUUUUACAAUUCCAGUGUGGUUCCUGCCUGUCUGACCAUAUGUGGACCUUUGUAACAUUGGCAAUAAACCAUUAAAAGUGACUUUCCCAUGA